AUGAAAGCCUCCACUCAGUUCUUAGCCAUAUGUGCUAUUACAUUUCCUGCUACUGCCAUGGCAACGCCUCCGGUGUCUAAGAGGAUAACUGAUGGGUCUAAAGUCCUUGGUUGUUUCGUGAACACUUUCAUUAAAGGCGAACAGGCAUGGACAUCAGAAUGUGCUACGGCUGCAGCGACCGAUUUCGGUCUGGCCCAAGGGAUCAGCAUCGACGAUCUGAGUAUUGAUUACACGAACACUGACCCGAUGACUCUGGGGUUUUCUUCAUCAAGCUUCAAUAUAAGAUUGGCCUCGCUUCCUAAAAUGACUUGGCCUAUAGUAAAGACUGCUGGUCGCAUCACUCUCAUUGAUGACGGCAUCGCAAUCGCAGAGUUUGAGGCCCAAACACUCCUACGAAGGCCAAAGGCAACGUUGUCAAAGCUUCGGUCCUCUCAUACAUUCGCCUUCCGUGGGAAUGUUACAUUCGAGCUCCCUGGCAUUCCGUUCUUUGGUGGAUUCAAUGGUGCUGCUCUUUCUCCUGCCUUACCAAAGAUUUUAACUGCCACCAACGUUGGUUUUUCGUCACUCACCACUUUGCGUGGUGCUAAUAACUUUCCAAUGAAGUUUAUGAAUCUAGUGAGCCUCAACAAGGAUACUGCUACGGGUAUCACCAAAAUGAUAUAUACAGUCAAGGUUCAAAACCCCUCGCAGCUGAACUUGAAAAUGGGGGAUUGCAAGUUCAAUCUGCUUAAUGCCAAUGGAGACUUGGUAGGAGCCCUUGAGUCCCCGAACCUAGCCCUGGAUAUGGGCGACAACGUUGUGGUAAUGACCAUAACAUCUACUGACCCUGGUUUCUAUACUAUGGUGACAACCAAGAGCAAUACAUUCACCAUGGCAGGUUUUAAGGGCUCCGUCAUAAAUCCUAUCCUGGCUAAAGCAAUACAUGGCUUUAGGGCUCCAAUUACGAUCCCCAGAAUUGUAGUUGCAUAA